GCCAAUGUUUAUUUUUCAAUUAGAUGGAAAAUAUAUUUGACGAAAUUGACUUGGAGGAUUGUCCAACAACGUCUUCAACUCCCGCAAAAGACCAAUUACAUUUAAAGCGUAAAAAGUUUAACACGUCUGGUUGCUACAAUACAGAGGUCAACAUUUCAAAACGACCUGUGGAAGGAAACGAGGUUAUUGACAUUUUAACCACUACUUCCAAACAGCCUGACGAUUUGACGACGAGGGUAUGCGAUUUGGAAACUAAAAUCGAUAAGCAUUUAAAAGAAAAUAUUAUUCAUAAAAGUGAAGAAAUGGCGCAGCAAAAAACGGUUCGUGAAUGCAAGGUCCUCAUCCGCAAAAUUCAUCAAUCGGUAUGCCGAAUGACUGGUGAAGAUAUCGACAACGUUCAAACCGAAAUUGCUUCCACCCUACCAUUAAAUACGCUUGCUGCAGCUUUGGAAAUGGACGAAAAAUUGAAAUGCGACGAAUUUGCUGCUACAACGAAACAAUUCGUUUUGAGGAUAAAAGGUACUUCAGAUAGUGUACAUGAUGUGUUGCGAAGUCUGUACACUGAUGAACUACUUUAUUUAUGUAACUGGGACGGUAGGGGUGGGAAGCAACCUCUCUCCAAAUUCCUGCUGGUUUCCAACAUUUUAUACGAUUCAUUCAUAACGUAUGUAUUGGCAAUGUUCGAAAAACAAGUUCGAAAAGCCAUUGAAAUGAGCCACCAUAGGCACAAACAAAGAAUUUAUAGGAAGAGGAAAACUGAGGAGUGAACCCUUUAAAUAUUUAAUAAAAAGUUAUAUGUAUUUCUGACAUUAUUAAAAAUAAUUAUUUUAAUACAUACUAGAUU